CCUCUGGUGGGCGGGGCUUGUGUGUAUAAAUGUGCUAUGCAGCACACUCUGAGCCACAUGAACAAAAACAGACAUGGACCACUACACGGACGGCAUGCUGCCAUACAAGAACUUCACUGGACCACAUGACUGGACCCGGCUCCUUGAAGUGGUCCAAUGGGUCAAGAUACUCAUGGCUCUGCUCAGUGCACUAGGUUCAGCUUCUAUCAUUGCCUGCAUGAUGUCACAACAACGAAGCAGAACCUCAGAGCUCCGGCCCCUGGUUUUGUUGAGUGUUUCGGACCUGCUGCUUGCCCUCUGUUGGCUGCUGGAGGGCACACUUGCAUCUUUGCGCUGCCUCAGCUGGUACCACCUGCACACAGCCCAGCAGGCUGUAUGCAUGGCAUCCUUCUUCUACACACUCAACUAUGUGUGGAGUGUUUAUGAUGGCCUACGUCUCAGGUUCUCCUGUGGUCCACAGCACCACCCUGGACAGUUUUCCAAGCAAGUGAUCCGGGCUGCCAACUUGACGGCUUUGCUUUGCGGCGUGGUUCCGGUCCUCUUGAUGGCACCUGUGUUCAUCCAAGGAAGUGUCAAUCAAUGUGGCGCCAACUGUAGCAACUCAUACAGAUGUCCGCUGAUGCUUCCCAUUCCUGCUUGGCAGCCAAUCAGAGCCUGCCUGGUGCUGCGUGGCUACUGCGGCGCCAUCUUCCUCGCCACCUUCUUCCUUACGCUGGUCAGCAUGUUGGUGCUCAUGGGAAAGGCUCGUCGUGUGUACCGGCGAGUAGUGAUGUCACAUGGUUACCUUGGCAACCAGCAGCGGGCCUCCUUCCGUUCGCUGGACUUCCGGAUACUUGCAUACUCGUUUGUGUUCGCCCUCUGCUGGGGACCCGUGGCAUGUUUUGUGCUCAUGCGUGUGUUGGUGUCAUCGGGCGACAUGGACAUGGCGGCGGUGAUACUUCACAUCACUCAGGCCUUCACAUCACCGUCUCAAGGCGUCCUCCAUUGCAUGCUGCUGGCAUGCACACGUGUGUGGCACACAGGCCGGCCGCUCGCUUGGCGACAUGCCAACACUCAGACGCCGCUUCUGCGAGGGCAGAAGAAGAGAAGUUAUCACACCUGAUCGUGAUGUCAUUACUUUCACUUUGACUGGUGGGAAAAGUCCCUAAGAGUCCAGGGAGAUUCCCGACAAAAGAGGAAGAAGCACUCUGGAAGAGGAAGUGAUGAAACGUCGCAUAUGCCGCCAAGAGUCUACGAGAGCAAGAUCAACAUCAGCGUAAUAAAGGUAAAAAUCAUUCUUUGGUUCUGGUCUCAUUUCAGUCUUUACGGGUCACCGGUACUGACACGUGGUUCCUGGACAGAACUAGUAUGUAUGCAUGCUCAGCCCCCCGUGUACCCCCCCCACCCGCACUGUGGCAGCAUCACAAAGAACUUUCUGUUAAUUAGGACAACUCAUUCUUGGCACAGCGUCUCAUCACUGUCAUGGCCACCACAUCAUCCAUCAGAGCAUAUGCAAGCUGUCGUACAAACAUGGCCACCCACCUCAACGCUGAUGUGCAUGGUCGGGGUCUAUUACAUAAUGUUUAUGAUCAGCGUGCAGUGACAUAAUCUCACGCACCCCUGCCUCUAUCUCAUAAUAACUUCAUGUCUAUCAAGCAGCCAGUAUGUCUCCAUGGUAACUGUUACACAGCAAACAAUCAGUGACAUCAGCACGCCCUCUAGUGGAAGAUUUUAUUUUUUUAUGACUUAAUGACGUUUUUUGAUUCUCAAAGACGAAGAUGUUGUUCAGAGCUGUGGCGCUGCGUUGUGAGUGCUGGAAGUGGCGCUGAAUGCGUCCUGGCACAGGAAGACCUCACACCUGCCAAAGUGGGCAGAGCUACUGGCACUGACCCCACCAAUGACGGGCAGGUAGGAGUGAUGGAGGAUGGGCAGCUGGACAGACAAUCGCCGCCGCACGCUGACAGAUGCAAGAAUCAUGAAAGAAAUUUCAGGGCUGCAGAUUGAGUGAGUGACAUGUGACAGGAAAUGGACUUACAGGUCAGGAGCGUUGACAUCAGUUGGAUUCUCCUUAGCUUCCACUGCUGGACCACCAGAGUGUGACGACAGGUUGUCCAUACAAUAUUCAAACGGAAAACCGCUGGCACUUCCUGUGGCGCUCUGAGGAAGCUGCACCUCCAAAGCCUCACAAAGUGUGUCAAUUUGAGCGUCCAGCUGUGAGGGAGGACAUUUGCAUGUGAUUGGUUGCACUUUCAGUUUGUCCUCAUUUUUCCUCACCUCUGCUUUUUCGUGUUUCAGCUGUCUGUUCAGCUUCUCUUCAUCCCUGCCCUCUGUAGCCCCGCCCCCUCUGCUCUGCAGCUGGCUGAUGUUAGACGUCAAGUUGAUGAACUAAACACAAACAAAGCACCACAGAUGCUUGCUCUUCUGAAAGAAGGCGGAGUUAGAGAGCGCCUUGCUGACCUUGACUCCCAACAAGGCGGUGAGGAUGAGAAGGUCACAGGCAAGGAUGAGACUGCUGGUCACGCAGAAGUGAAGUGAAGGUUUGUGGGACAAGAGCAGCCAAGCGCAAGCUACCGCCACACUGAACGCCACCGCCACCAACAUACUGAGCGCCAGGCUCGUGUUUUGCCUUCUGAUGUUCCAUGCAACGAAACAUCCCAAUCCCUGGAAGUGACCCAUUUCAAAAUAAAAGCACUGAAGUUAGCUUCAGUACAUUGUUGCGUAGUACAUGAGCCGCCCCAACGUGUGUGAUUACCAGUAGAGGUGCUUUGUAAGCGUAUAGAACGGUGGUCCACACCUCCGUGUUGAUGCUGCUGCAGCUGUCUGUGUGAGUCAACAUAACAUCCGAGUGGGCGGAAUCACUCUGAAAAGCAAAUGGGACAGACUCCAUCACUUUGGCCCAAAUGAGGAGACGCUGCAGUAUAUAAAAUGAAUUAAUGUUCAUCCAUGUACAACAAUGAAAUGCUCUUUCUCAAGAUGGCAGAAGAUCCAUAACUAAUAUGCGUCACUACCUGUUGCCAUUCAUACAACAAAA